CUGGCCGGCAGAGCCCUGGGCAGCUGGUGACCCUUUUCCAGGUGAAACCUGCAGGAUCCUCCUGCUGGGGUCUGGGCCAUGGCCGCGCUCUCUCUCUUCCUCGACGUCCCGCUCACCACGGAAGUCAACUGGCUCCUGGAUGCCUACCAGCAGGAUCCCUCCCCCCACAAGGUGUACCUGGACCACCGGGACUGCCAGACGGAGACCGGCAAAGCGUGGGACUACCCGCCGGUGAGCCAGACCCUGCUGCAGAUCUCCACCGACCCCACCCUGGAUCACGAGGACCUCCCGGAGCUCGGCUUCUCCGCAUUCACCAGAGCAGCCACGGAGCUGGCGCUUGGCCGGGAGAGCCGGGCUCUCGUUGAGAACAGGAUUCCUACAAACCCAGUUUUGCCUGGAAAAUCUCACUCCAACGUGGAGGAACAAGAACACUGAAAACCACUGAGCAGACCUUGUGGCCCCAGAGGCUCUCGUGUGCCGAGGCCUCCUCACCAUGGAGGCACCGAG